CUUCGCCGGAAAUACAGGCAUGGGUCAAAGUUAAAACGCUUACCAUGCACGAUGUGAAGAACGAAAGCGUGCACCCAGAUGUGGCCAAGUUUGUUCAAUUCAUUAUAAUUUAUGUUAUUUAGUUGUUGUGUUUGUGUUAACGUCGGAAUAUGUCUCCAAAGAAGAAGCAUGGGUCAAGUCAUCAAUUGACCCAUUUGAUCUACCGACAUUUGAAGGAAAACGGCUUCCAGAAAGCUGCAGAAGAACUCAAAAAGCAUGUGAAGGGCGGAGAACCAGAAGCCUUGUCAACUUCACUACUGGACAUCUACAAUAAAUGGUUUGGAGAUGCUUCGAAGAGUACAAAGACGGGAACAGAACCGGAUUCUUCUGGGUUAAAAAAGAACCGUCAAGCAGACCCUGAAAGCAGCACAGAGAGCUCGAGUUCAGCAGAUGAAGAAACAACACCUGUUAAAGUCUCCCAGACCCCAAAGCCUCAGAGCCCAGCUAAAGACAGCCCAACUAAGGCCAAGACUGCUGUGCAGAGAACUCUUGGAGGGAAGGGGACAGUAGUGGAGGAGAGCACUGGCACAGACAGCUCAGAGGACUCUGAGAGUGAGGAGACACCGCCACAAAAAAGCCCUGCAACGCCCAAAGCCAAUCAUGUUCCAGCUGCAAAGAUCAAGGCCGAGUCAGAGGUCACACCAUCGACCCUAACCAAGGCCAAGUUAACAACCACUUCCACGCCUAAAUCUGGGGCCUCCGACAAUACCAAUGAUACGUCUUCAGACAGGAAAGAGGCAACAACAGUGAUUGUCUUAACAUUGAUUCAGAAAACACCCUUGACGCCAACACCAGUGACGCCAACCAGUAAACCAACAUCAACAGCCAAGACGAAAGCUACUCCAACUAAAGCAGUGGUUGUUGCUACUCCAAGCAAGGCCAAGGCAACAGCAACAUCUACAACAUCCGACUCAUCCAGUUGCAGUAGUGAAUCGUCAGAUAGCGAUGAGGAGAGUCCAGCAGUGAAAACACCCACAACACCAAAAGCAACACCUGCAAAACCAGUAACACCACUUAGUAAAACAACAUCAACAGCCAAGCCAACAACCAAAUCGAAGACUACAGCGCCAGAGACUUCCAGUGACAGCUGUGAUUCAUCAUCAGAAAGUGAAGAGGAAGGUCCAACAAUGACAGCGCCAGUGAAGCAACAGAGAGCAACACCAACAGCCAAGAUGAAAGCCACCCCAGUUAAACCAGUGGUUGCUGCCACUCCAAGCAAGACCUCAGCUAGUAAGGAGUCCAGUGACAGCAUUGAUUCAUCAUCAGACAGCGAAGAGGAGAGUCCAGCAGUGACAACAGCUGCCACUCCGAAAGCUACACCAGUGGUGCAACAGAUAGCAACAUCAACAGUCAAGACGAAAGCCCCUCCGGGUACUCCAGUUAAACCAGUGGUUGCUGCCACUCUAAGCAAGACCUCAGCUAGUAAGGAGUCCAGUGACAGCAGUGAUUCAUCAUCAGACAGCGAAGAGGACAGUCCAGCAACGACAACAGCUGCAACACCGAAAGAUACACCAGCGAAGCAAUCAAAACCAACAUCAACAGCCAGGACGAAAGCCCCUCUGGGUACUCCAGUUAAACCAGUGGUUUCUGCCACUCCAAGCAAGACCUCAGCUAGUAAGGAGUCCAGUGACAGCAUUGAUUCAUCAUCAGACAGCGAAGAGGACAGUCCAGCAAUGACAACAACCUCAAAACCACAAACUACACCAGUGACACCAGGGAAACAAGCAAAACCAACAUCAAAAGCCAAGACGAAAGCCACUCCUGCUACUCCAGCUAAGCCAGUGGUUGCUGCUACCCCAAGCAAGGCCCAGGUAACACCCACUGUCACACCGACAAGUACAGCACCAGAGUCGUCCAACGACAGCAGUGACACACCAUCAGACAUCCCAGAUGAAGCCCCAGCAAAGCAUGCUGAGGUUCAACUUAAGACCCCUGCUUCAGCUAAGAAGGCCCAGAGUGGGGGAAAGGGAAAAAAACCUGCUUCUAAGGACCUACUCCUACUGCUGAACAGUCUUACUUCACCCACAGCUAAAGCCAUUGAGAAGAAGCGCGGCCGUAGUGGAGAAUCCUCAGUUGAGGAAACUCCAGCUGUUACAGCAACACCUGCUGUUGCUCCAGCCACAAAUAUAGGAAAGAAGGUGGCUGCAAAAGACAAGAAAGCAACCUCGUCGAAGAAAGCACAAGCCCCAGCUCCAUCAGCCAAGAGGAAAAGAGGUGAAGACAAACCAGGGGACAUGCCCGUUAAAGGCAAAAAGAAGAAGCCCUCCCCUGAGACUGUCAUGGCUGCCCUGCCUCUGACCGUUCUUGGUCCUCCUCCUACAGGGGGAGACGACUCUGGCUCGGACUCUGAUACCGAUCUGGACGUGGAGAAGUGGAAGAGACUGGCACUGGAACUAUCAGACACAAGCAUCGCCAAAAUGGACGCCAUCACUGCGCUGAACGCUCCACCUGCUCCCACCUCACCUGCCUCAGCAGCGAAGAAAACAAGAGCACCGAGGAAGCCCAGGGCUAAAGCUGCACCGAAGACACCACCCAAACCCAGGGCUAAAGCUGCACCGAAGACACCACCCAAACCCAGGGCUAAAGCUGCACCGAAGACACCACCCAAACCCAGGGCUAAAGCUGCACCGAAGACACCUAAACCCAAGGCUGGCGCUGCAGUGGAAAAGUCUAGUGCUGCUGAAAAGGUCAAGACUACAGCUGAAAAGGAAGAUGGGAAUGGGAAAACCAAGACAACUGCAAAAGCUAGUAAAGCCAAGUCCAGUCAGGCUAAGAAGGCAGCACCUCCCACCCCAUCAGUCAAAACAUCUCCCACCCCAUCCCCUGAAGGCCAAGCAGAGAUCAACAAUAAUACUGCCGACCUUACGACCGUGGCAGACAAACAGCCACCCUCCACGCCUGUAACCCCAACACCUAAUGGAAAACCGUCAGCCAAGAAAAGGAAGAGGAAAAAUAGGAACAAUGAGACUAAAGCAGAUGACAAUUCACCACAACCCCAAAAGAAGAAAAGGGAAACUGGCGAAGAGAAGACUGAUGAAAUGAAAAAUGAGACCGUAGAAGAGAAGGAACCAGAGAAGGAAAAGAAGAAGACGACUAAGGAGAAUGGGGCAAAAAAGGACAAGGGAACGAAGAAGAAACAGGAGGCGAUAAGAAAGGAGAAUGAGACAAAGAUGGAACUGGAAAAGAGGAAGAAGAAGAAGAAGAAGAAGAAGAAGAACGAAUGAGAACUGUGUUGACAAGGAACCACCACCACCUCCAUCCACCACAGUAACACCUGAUCCUCCAACAGAGAAGAAAAAGAUUAAAAAGCUGAAACUCUCAGAGACUGCAGUGCCUGAGAUGCCAGUCACACCUGCCCAAGACUCCAUCCCUGUACAGCACCCUCCAGCACCCACAGAGACCCCACCUAAAAAG